UCGCGCUGGCGUCAGUUAUUCGGCUUGCCGCUUACUUGGCGGGUGUAGUGCGCUCUUGUUACUUCCGAGGAUCGUAUCGUACUAACGGGGGACGUUGACACGCGACAUUUACAAACGUAAAAAAAUAAUAGGGGAAACUGACUUUGUAACACACGUUCUGGCUACCGCGGUUACAGAAUAAUACACACCGGACGACACCUAGUGCCCAGACCGCGUAAUCCCGGUCCCAUUGAUGCCAGUAUUUGGACGCUCGCAUUAUUAAGAUAAUGCAAUAAUGUGUUGGCAAAGGAUCUACCUUUCUGUAGGACUGUUCGGUGUCCUACUGUUAUCGAGCAACGCUGACAACAGCGUACAUAUUUUAUCGAAGUACCAACAAUUGGUGACCUCGUCCACCCUCAACUGGCUACCUCGCGCCCACUAUGAUUCAUCGAGGGAGAUAGUGAUCGGUGGUUUCGAGAUCGAAGAAGCAGAAGACGACUCGUACAACAAUCAAGCGGAGAAGUCGGAAAGAAAGAGACCCCUGUUCGUAUGUCGGGUGCUGCACAACACAGUUUUGGUGGCUGGAAGCCAGAGAGGCGACGAGAAACGAUGCACCGUGACGAUUCACGGUAGCGUACAGUCGUACGACAAAUACGAGCUGUUGGAAAACGUCGACAAUGCGGCCCGCGUCAACUGGGAACACUGGGACAAAUACAAGUCAGCCCCUAUCGGCGCAGUGGCGGCGGAAAAGAUGUUCGUCGCCCGACACGCGGUUCACAAUGGCAAAGAAACAUCCCCGGACGCGACGACGCGGUACACCCAUUAUAUAGGGACCCUCAAUUCGAACGACAAUUUCGCGACCAUCAGCUACGUGAGGGACGACGGCACCGAGGGGUCGGCAAAAUCCGGCGACGUUCUGGUGGAAACGGAACCGAUAUACUACGACCUAAAUCGAGUGAAAUUGAAUUGGCCUAAAAAGCGUGUGAUCAAACGCACGGCCCGUGUACUGGGCGAGGCGAUAAUCGCGAAUACAGGAGAGGAGGCUGCGAACGUGGCCAAAGCUUUCGGGUACGCUUACAAGUACUCGGUGUACUGGGGUCAAGGACACGCUAUUCUGAAAGGCCUAAAUACCUCGAUCACCCUGACGAAUGGGACCACUUUGCCGAAGAUCGUAUGGGGCACUAUGGAGACCACCAAUCGUACGGACGUGUACACGGUUGAGAUAUUCUUGAAACCCGGUACAGGACUGAAUGUUACUUUGAAGGCGAAUUAUACUGAUAUGGAGGUACCAUAUUCUGGGACACUGAUAUCUCAUUACGAAGAUGGUGAAACUAAAUCAAGAGUAAUAAGUGGGAUACGCAGAGAAGAGACUAUGUUUGAUGUCACACCAGAAUUUGGAUCCAUCUACUUCCUAGGGAAUUACAGUCUAGUUCCUACCACUACCGUGCCGCCCACUACGGAAGCACCGAGUACCACCCCGUUGCCAUCGACUGUGAUCAAGGAUAUUCAUAAACAGGACAUGGAUAACGAGGACCAUGAUGAAAACAUGAUAAUAGCACCGAAGAAGUCGGAUAUGUCCAAUAUGCAAAGCGACGACGGUGGACCGUUAUCGUUGAAGAAUAAGGUAGAAGUUUCUUAUUCUGGAACCUGUUCGUUCAGACUGAACGCUAUGUUUAUACUUUCGUUAACGAUGAUCGUUCAUAGAAUCACGUGAAAACAUCUAUGAGAGAUUACCAUAUUUCCCAACGUUGCAAUAGUAAUAUAUUCGUAGUACAGUGAAAGGUUAUUAACAUACAUACAUACACAUUCACAUACACAUACACAGAAACACAGUUGAAAAAAGAAAAAUGAAAAAAAAAAAAAAAAAUUAAGACAACCAAACAUGAGAUGUUGCUGUAAUUUCGUACAUAGCGACUAUGGCACGAAAUAAAAGCCUCCUUGAUUAAAUUGCUGAUUGUCAGAUCGCAGUAUCAGCACUGACAUAUGCUUGCCUUUCGAAUAAACAGAACUUGAUAUUUAAUAUGUACGUUCGUACCGUGUAUAUUAGGUAUCAAGUUUUCUUUUAAUGCAAAUUUAUAUAUACAAAUAUAUAUAUACAUGAAAUAUAUAUAUAUACACGUUUAGGAUAGUAAAGGAUGAGAGAAAAGAAUACCUUAACGAUGAGCUAGCCUCAUGAGAAUGUUAAGUACAAGCGAUUGCAGCCAAUGUGUAUGUUAACAGGAGUAAUUUGUUAACAUUACCUCUAUAUUGUUGAAUAACUGAGUGUAACUAAUGACAUUCCGUCUUUACUAAUUCCGCUGUGAAUCGAUUUUCCAGCUAAAACUAUUUUAUGCCUUUGCAAAGUGUAAUUUCUAGACCUUCUAGAAGAAUUUAAAAAGCUUAAAAAAAAAAA